CUGUUCAUCCAUCUCCAGGCAUGAUAAGGCCCGAAACACCAACUUCGAGCUAGCUGGUAUGAGUGCCCUCUGGCCAGGUUACGCUUGACGAGACUUGCCAAAGGGGUGCCCGUGCGGGGAAGCCAGGCCGGGUGCUGAGAACAAAGCGGACAACCAACAAGGACAAAACAGAACACACACAACCUGCAAUGGCCGACGAGCAGCUCAGGGCGGAGGAGCUGCAGCAGAGCGUCAUGAUGUCGGAACACCAGGCUGAGGCCAGUACCGCUGACGGGGACGUCGCAAUGGUCGACCAAGUCACUAUUACCUCCGAGACGUCCAACAUCAUCGCCAAGCCCGAGCCUAGCGAGGCCGACGAAGACCAAGAGAUGCACGAUGCACAGGAAGAGAACGACCACCACGACGAGGAAAUGGGCGAAGGCGACGAUGCCGAACACUCGGACCAAGGCAGCCACGACGGCCAUGAUGACCACGACCACCACCAAGACUCCGGUGAUGAACACGGCGAAGAAGAGGAACACGACGGUGAAGACCCCGAGGGGUUCGAUGAAGAUGCCGAAGGAGACGAGGGCGACUCCGUCCACUCCGAGGAACAUACCUCGCAACAACACCUACCAAGCGUGGAGGAGGACCAUGACGAUGACGAGGACGACGAUGACGAGGGUGUCGGUGCCGUCAAGAUAAAACCGGGUGACACUGACCAUAGCGAAAGUGAAAGCGAGGAGGAGGAAGACGACCAUUCGUCGGCAAGUUCGGCGAGCGUCAGUGAUGCGGAAUCCGAGGACGAGGUACACUGGGAAGAUGCGGCUGAGCACGAACCUGCGGGCGACGAGGACGAUGAUGACGAGGGUUCCGAAAAGGGAGACAGUGGACUUUGCAUGUUCUGCAAGCAAGACGAAGACCACGACCCGGCCGAGGAAUUCGAGGAGUAUCUUGCAUGUGCUGGAUGUGGAGACAACGCCCACCAGCAGUGUGCAAGGGAAGCGAAUGCGUUGCCCAGUGAUCAAGCACUCGACGCCUGGAAAUGUCCGAAUUGCGCCAGUGAAGAAGGGUCACAAACCGCCGCGGGGAAGAAUCACGAGCCGACGCAGGUGAACGGGACGGAAACCAUUACCCACCCCACCACACGCCGAGCGUCAGCACCCAAACUGGCUAGGGACCUUCUGCCUCCUCAAAAACACACAAACCCGGACUCCCACUCCGUCUUCAACCAACUCGUGCUGGACGAGGAUCCUAUGGAUGGAUCCCGCGUACUUAGGAAACGUAAGACGUCUUCAGUAGAACCCCCAGAGCACAUAAUUAGCCUUAGGAAGCGACGCCGGAACACCGUGGGCACCGAAGAAGAACCCGAUGAGAGCACAGCCGGCCACGACGAACAAGCGAGGCCGACAUCGGCCCGGUCAUUGCGAAUUAAGAUCUCCAAUCCUGCGGCCCCGGUCAACAUCGUCAAGAAGACACGAAGCAGCAUCUUGCUGCGCAUGCGUGUAGAUCCCACCAAGUUACAGCAGAUAACAUCGCAACCACCCAAGGGGAACAGCAAGCGAUCAAGCCGGUCUGCUCGAUCAGGUCGAUCCGGCCGUUCAGGACGGUCUGGGCGUAAAACGUCAGGAAGAUCAGGUCGGUCGCGCAGGGCGGCCGCAGCAGCUGAUGCAAUGGAACCUUCCACGGCACCGUUCGCUAGCACAAGCUAUACCCAACCCUUUUAUUCCUUCUACGAUAAGGAGACAGAUGAACUCAAGGGAAAGCCGUACGGUGGCAUCCUCACCGACGCCGAGGCGGACACGUCCAAGACACUACCUCAACCCGAGGAUCGUCGGCGUUUCGAUGAAGCGAAGCAAAUGGCCGAGGAGGAAUGGCGACAACGACUCUUGAAGAUGCAAGCCGAGAUCGAAGCACCAGUCAAGAAGUCCAAGAAGACGGCCGGUCCAGCCAGCCAAAUCGAGUGCAUCGAGUUCGGAGGCUGGGAGAUUGACACAUGGUAUGCCGCACCAUAUCCUGAGGAAUACAGCAGGAAUCGGGUUCUAUAUAUCUGCGAAUUCUGCCUCAAGUACAUGAACUCCGACUAUGUGGCAUGGAGACAUAAGCUUAAGUGCCCCGCAAAACACCCACCAGGCGACGAGAUUUAUCGCCAUGGCUCGAUAUCCGUCUUUGAAGUCGACGGACGCAAAAAUCCGGUCUACUGCCAGAAUCUCUGCUUGCUGGCCAAGCUCUUCCUUGGGUCCAAGACCCUCUAUUACGACGUGGAGCCAUUUCUCUUCUACGUCCUCUGUGAAUAUGACCAAUAUGGCUACCAUUUCGUCGGAUACUUUUCCAAGGAAAAGCGCGCGAGUAGUCAGAACAACGUCUCGUGUAUUCUCACCUUGCCUAUCCACCAACGAAAGGGAUACGGCAACCUCCUUAUCGACUUCUCCUAUCUCCUCACCAGGGUCGAGCAAAAGACUGGCUCCCCAGAAAAGCCUCUUUCCGACAUGGGCCUCGUGUCUUACCGGAACUACUGGAGGUUGGUGAUGUGCAAGUACCUCCUUGAGCACUGCUCCGGUGAUCCCAAGGAGAAGAAAGGUCUGAGUAUCAAGAAGAUCUCCGAUGACACGGGCCUCACGCCAGACGACGUCAUCUCAUCACUGGAGGGCUUGAGAUGUUUGGUGCGCGAUCCCCAGACCCAACUUUAUGCCUUCCGCGUCGACCUACCUUACUGCCGGGAGUACGUCGCAAAGUGGGAGGCCAAGAAAUACGUUCAGCUGGAACCAAAAGCCCUCACAUGGACUCCUUACGUUAUGGGCCGGAGCAAUGCCACGAACUUUGAGCUUGGGCCAGCACUAAACGCCAUCGCCCCUAGGGAGGACGACGAGACCAAGCCAACGGUUGAAGAAGGAACCGUUCUCAACGGUAAUGCUCCUCAGCCUGACGGUCUGGCAAAUCAGGUCGAAAAGAUGGAGAUUGACACCUCAGCUCCAACCAUUCUCGAGUCAACCGAGCCUAACGAGCUGGGUAUCGUCCAGCCCGAAGUUAUCUCCCCUCGAUCCGUCCUUAAAACCAACGGUCUCUUUCCCAACGGCUCCGUCCACGGCUCCGUCCACCCUAACGACGACCACGACCGGAAAGCUAAGACCGAACCGGACGCCGAUGGCGAAGAUAAAGAGAACCCCGACGACUGGAUGGCCCAAUAUGAGGGUAUCCCGCCUACUCGCUUCGAGGUCGUUCCACCGGUCAACACUUCCCGGCGCGGGGCCGGCGUCGACCGCAUCCGAAACACCGUUGCCCGCCUACCAGCCGUCCGCACCAACGGCGGCAGCGCCGCCCGGCCACGAAACCCUCGCCGUACGAGCGGUGUCCGCCGCGUAUCUUCGGCCAUCAAGCCCCGCAGUAGCAGCAGCAGCAAGCGCAAAGCAGGUGGCACCGGUCGCGGGCCUGGCCGUUGGCCCAAGGGUACCAAGAAGAGCGACUACGGUAACGCCGAGAGUGGCCCGGGUUUUCCUCCUGGUUGGCUGGCGAAGCAGAAAUCGCUCGAUUCUACGACACCGAAGAAGGAGGGCGAGGAAGGGAUGAGGGAUACGGUGCAUGUUACCCCUGCUGCGGAGAGCGCCGCCGGUUACAACAUGAGCGGUAGUGGCAGUGGGAGUGGGAGCCGGAGUGCUAACUCUUCUGGCGCGAACGGAAACGGAGAGGACGCUGGGAGUGCCAAUAACGGCGACAGCUUCAAUGGCGGCGGAGAAGACGAACAAGCAGAUAUUACCAUGAAGGAUGACGACAAUUAGGAAUCAGUAGCGUUAUCAUGGAGGCCGGAGAUGACGAUAAGAGGGACAGGAAGUGAAGAGGGAGGAGCAAGGGCCACACCAAGAAGACGGCCAAGGGGAAGACCACGGAAAGUGGUAAGGUU